AUGUACAUCGCUCUUUACUUCAUCGUCACCCGCCUCCCCGACUCUCUUAGCGCCGUCAGGGACCUCCUUCUCACCCUUGACCCCAGAGACCUCACUGCAAGGGAGGCAAGGGUGGUGGGGGUGGCAACGGUGGAGGCGGUGGUGGAGGCGGUGGAGGUGGCGGUGGUGGCAGAGGGAGUGGUGGUGGGAGUGGAGGCGUUCGUGGCGGCGGUGGUGGCGGCAGUGGGAGUGGUGGCGGCGGCAGUGGUGGCGGCAGUGGGAGUGGUAGCGGCAGCAGUGGUGACACUCGGGGUGGAACCAGUCAUAGGGGAGGUUCUGGCAGUGGUAGCAGCAGCGUCCGUGCGAGACCUUUACACCUCAGCAGCUUCGUGA